GCUUGCCAUUUGUCGAAGUUAUCGCUAUAAAAUAAGUAAGCCAGUCGUCAGGAUGCUCACUUCAAAUCGAAGCUUUCUAUAAAGUAAUCAGCGUGAAAAUGUUGGUUGCUGUGCUUCUCCUUCCUUUCUUCAUUGGGGUUACGGUGUGCGAAGAUGACGAAACUAUGGCCUUGCACUUCCUGAACCGAUACGGGUACAUAUCAAACACUCGCAGUGGUAACCACGACGUUGGUACGGCCAUCCGACAAUUCCAAGAUUUCUAUGGUCUCCAGGUGACUGGCAGACUGGAUGCCUCAACUGUCCGCCUCAUGAAGAAGCCUCGGUGUGGUAUGAGUGAUCCAACUCCAGGAAGUCGCUUGCGAAGAUAUGCCACUCUUGGGAAAUGGAAAAAGACUGACUUGAAAUAUUACGUCCAACCUGGCCAGGAUCUCCCACAUGAUGAGCAAAGAGGGAUAUUUGCUCAGGCACUGCAGUUCUGGGCCGACGUGUCGGGGUUGACAUUUUCUGAAGUCGGCAGCGCAAGUGAGGCAGACAUGAAAAUAAGCUUUGGGAGAAACAGUCACCGUGGCACCAAUGUGGAAGGGACAUGCCCGUAUCCAUUCGACGGCCGCGGUGGUGUUCUGGCGCAUGCGUAUUUCCCUCAAGACGGGCGAGCUCAUUUUGACGAGGAUGAAUCCUUCACCCACGGAACUAGCCGUGGCGUCAAUCUUUUAUGGGUGGCUGUGCACGAAUUUGGACAUUCCUUGGGCCUGCAACAUACUAACAUCCAGGGGGCAAUUAUGUUUCCUUACUACACGGGUUACGUCCCCGACAUGAAGCUCCACUCUGAUGACAUUGCUGGUAUUCAAUAUUUGUAUGGUGCUAACUCUGGUGGCGGUGGCGGCGGUGGUAGCGACCAAACUCCAGCCCCUACAGUUCCCGAAAAUUGUGAAGACAGGUCGAGUACUCCAUGCCAACCGUAUAAGGAUGCUGGUUAUUGUGAUACGUACCCUGAUAACAUGAAGUAUUGGUGCGAGAAGACAUGUUUCAACUGUCAGGGAUAAGUAAUGAAAAAUGCGUGACUACCUUAAUAGACUCAGUGGGGUUUAAUCUCGUAAAAGUAUAUGACAUUAACAAGGGAAUAAGAACAUAUUAAAUCUUGUGUUGUUUUUAGUUCAUUCAUUUUCUCUCAUGAGUUUCCAUACAUCUGUAAAAUUUAACUUGUACUAUGUGCCGUAAAGGAAAUGCUAAAAUCUUAUAGGCUGAGCUAUCGUUCAGCUGAAGUUUCGGAGAAACAUUUACAAAUAUUAAUUUAAAGGAGAAUUCCAUUCCAGAGAGGACUGAAAGGAACAAAAUUCACCGUUACUAAACUCGACAUUGUUGAACAUAGUGAUAAGGGCGUUUGCAAAACUCCAAAUUUAGUUCGCACGAUUAACAUAGC